GAAGGCUCCCUCCGCCGAGCGUAGUUAGCAUGUUCGAAACAGGUUAAUCCAACGAGACACCACAGAGAUAUCUUUUCUUUCCCUUCUUUGACCCUCAGUUGUUUGUAAAAUGUCCGGGUUUCAGGAUUUUUCAGGUUUUUCUGAGGAAAGUAAAGAAGAUGUUCCCCCUGGGGGGCAUGAGAAAAGCUCCUGUCUGAGUCAGGACAUUCUCCAGCCUGUCCACAUUAAAGAGGAACCAGAGGAACUGUGGAGUAAUCAGGGGGGAGCACAGCUUGAAGAAUCAGAGGAGGGUGAUAUCAUCAAGUUCACUUUUUUUCCUGUCCCCGUGAAGAUUGAAGAUGAUGCAGACAUACAUAUAUCCUCACAGUUUGAUCAAAGACAGUCUGGAAAGAUGGAAACAGGAGCUAAUGAAGAGGACCAUGGAGGAACAGGAGCAGCCAGGGACUUUGAUUCAGAGAGACAUCUACAACCAGAGACUGAGGUCAAGACUGAAGACUCCUCUGAUUCUGAGACUGAUGACAGUGCUGAUUGGAUAGAGACAACAGAGCAGUCAGGUUCAAACUCAGCAGAAAACGUAAAAAUCAAGAGAACAUUGGCUGAUAAGCAAUCACAUAAGUGCUCUGAAUGUGGUAAAAUCCUUAACUCAAAAGCUUAUUUGAAACAGCAUAUGAGAAUUCACACAGGAAAGAAACCCUUUAGCUGCUCUAAGUGUGAUAAAAGGUUUAAUUUCAAAUCUUCUCUCAUAGCUCAUAUGGUUGACCAUUCAGGAGAGAAACCAUUUGGCUGUACCAUGUGUGGUAAAAGAUUUAACGCAAAAGGUCGUCUAACACAGCAUAUAAAAAGUCACACAGAAGAGAAACCAUAUGGCUGCUCUGUGUGUGGUAAAAAAUUUGAGAGAAAUGAUCUUCUAAUAGAACAUAUCAGAUGUCAUACAGGAGAGAAACCGUUCAGCUGCUCUGAGUGUGAUAAAAGUUUCAAGCAAAGGGGGGCUCUGACAGUUCACAUGGCUAUUCACACAGAAGAGAAACCAUUUUGCUGCUCCCUGUGUAGUAAAAGAUUUAAAACAAAGGGUAGUCUGACAAAGCAUAUGAGAAAUCACACAGGAAAUCAACCUUUACAGUGUUCUGAAUGUGGUAAAAGAUUUAACUUCAAGUCUUGUCUUAUGGUUCAUAUGAACCAGCACACUGGAGAGAAACCUUUCAUCUGCUCUGAAUGUGGCAAAAGCUUUAAGCAAAAAGGGAGUCUGACAAUACACAUGCGAAAUCACACGGGAGAGAGACCAUAUGAAUGUCCUGUGUGUGGUAAAAGGUUUAAAGCAACAGGUCAUAUGAAACAACAUAUGAAACGUCACACAGGAAAGAAACCUUACAGCUGCGUUGAUUGUGGUAAAGGUUUUAUCCGAAGAGAAAGUCUAACGAGACAUAUGAGAGUGCACAAGGGAAAGAAAUCCCAUAACUGCUCUGAGUGUGGUAAAAAAUUACAUUUCAAGUCUUGUCCAACAGCUCAUCUGUCUGAUCGCGCAGGAGAGAAGCUCUUCAGCUGCUCUGAGUGUGGUAAAGAGUUAACCAAGAAGGGAGUCUGACAAGACAUGAGAAUUCACACAGUAGAGAUACCAUUUUUCUUUCUCUGUUCAGCUAAAAAAGUUAUUUGACACAGAAUAUGAGACAUCAGACGGGGGAAAAAAAACAUGUAAUCUUUUCUGAGUGGGGUAAAUAAUUUAACUAGAUAAGCACCUAGACCCACUUCUGGGCCACAGUGGGAAUUAAUAUAGUUUUAUGAAUUAUAUAGUUAUAAAAAGAGUGAGUUUUGUGGUCUCUGUAUUAAUACUUAAAUGAAAUAUGACAUUUUUGGUCUUGAUGAAAGUAAAGAUGCCUUAAAUUAUGCUGAAUGCUGUACACAUCUCCUCAUAGAAUCUUA